UCUGGCAACACUGUCCACAAUGUUUGUUUAGCAAGCUGUAGCGAGUAACUAGUCUUUACCAUAGACAGUGAAAGAAAUGUGAAGUAAGUUAACUUUAAAACGUUGCGGGCAAAAUAUGUGACAACCUUCGGUUAAAAGAAUCAUUAGAGAGGUGGGACUCAAUAUUAUACGCCUUGCGUAAUCUUAUUCGCCUUUGUUAUGCUAGCUCACGCGACAACAACGUUAGCUUUAGCUAAAUUAGCUAACGCAAUCUAGCUCUUUUUGUGUGCAUGGGUGUCCCAGAUUAAACGAAUGUCCGCCCUCAAAUUGUUAUAAGCAGUAACAUAGUUUGCGUUAACCAUGCAACGGUUGAGGUUUCUUUGUCAUGACACGGUGCCAUGCUCAAUUCAAAAACAUUGCGUUGUUGCCCUGCCUAGUUACAGAUGUUAAACACAUAAGAACAUAUGGUGUCAGCACUGUCUACGGUCCAAAUUGAGGCUGCAGUCAUGGGCCCAGACACUGCAGCUGUCCCUAAAACAGAAUCUUCAGAGGAAAGUCCCCGAGAAGUUGUUGAGAAGGUAAUCUCAGAAUCAGAUUCCAAUGAUGCUUCAACUGCCACUGAGCCCGAGAACUCCAACCAGCCAGAUAGUAACAUAUCAGACAAGUGUUACCCUUGCUCCAUUUGUGGCAAGGUAUUUGACAGACCCUCAAAGCUAGAGCGGCAUAAACCUGUACACACAAGGAAGCCUAAAACUCUCUAUCAGUGUCAGCAUUGUGACAAGAGUUUCACACAACAAGAGAAGCUGAUGCGACACCAGAAUUGCCACAAUAGGACGAACAAGCACCCCUGUCCUGACUGUGGGAAAGUGUUCAACAGGCCUUCAAAGUUAGAGAGACACAAGCACACCCACUCAAAGAAACCAAAGGUGCCUCAUCAGUGUUCAUACUGCAUGAAGACAUUCAGUAAACUUAACAAACUUGUCCGGCACAAGCGAAUGCACACCGGGGAAAAGCCUUUCACCUGCUCGGUCUGUGGAAAAGGAUUCUCUGAGUCCGGUCACUGCAAAGCACACGAAAAGACGCAUGAAGAGCAGCCAGAAAAACCUCACUGCUGCGCGGACUGUGGGAUGUGUUUCUUCAAGGCGUCGGAACUCCGUCGGCACUUCCGCUCCCACACGGGAGAGAAACCUUUCAGAUGCACCCUGUGUGAGAGCUGCUUCUCCCGCUCAGAAGGGCUUAAAAGACACAUGAGGAGCCACACAGGGGAAAGACCAUACAAAUGCAUUAUCUGCGCAAAAGGGUUUUAUUCUCGUCAGGAUUUGAAUAUUCAUGGUUUGACCCACUCAGGAGAGAAACCACAUCUUUGCCCUGUGUGUGGUAAAGGCUUCUCACAGCUGGGCAACAUGAAAGAACACGAGCAAAAUGUUCAUAUUAAGUCAGAGAAAUAUAUUUGCAACGAGUGCGGGGCAACCUUCACGCGGUACAAGUCGCUGACAAAACAUCAGAGGACACACACAGGAGAAAGACCCUAUCUGUGCCUCACCUGUGGUCGCAGGUUUUCAUGGAGUCAUUCUCUUAGCAGACACCGGAGGACACACACACACAGACAGAUGUCUAUGGACACAUCCAAAGACAUAUUAAGUUUUGAAGGACCCUCUGAGAAUCCUAGCAGUUGAAAAAAAGGGAAAUCCUUAUAGAAGGACACUUCAUCAUCAAGCUAUCUUCUUGGAGCCACAGUCAAGCUUAAAUUAACUCAUUUGUAGUCAUGUGUAGUGUGUUGAGAGAAACGUUUUGAAGCUGAGUGGCGAUUCACCUUGCUGCUUGAUUUUUUUUAUUUGUCCACACAAUAUCAGUUAGAAAUUCUCAGUACAGGCCUCCAGAUUAGCUUUUUUAUCUCAAUAUUUAUUGACCUAAGUUAUGGUCUGUUAAUUGGGUAACAAUAUAUGUGGCUAUUAAAGUACACUGCUGUAUCUGGAGAAGCACAAUUUACUUUAUCAUAAAUUUGGACUAGCCUGCAGACAUUGUGGAGGGAUAUCUCAUAUCAUGGAACAAAUUCCUGUUUGUUAUUAACCAAAAGAUGUGUAGCAACCAAAGAAAAGUUACCCUGCCAGAAGGCUGUAUAAAUAAUGGAGAUGUCAGACUUAAGUCUUGACUAAAUCUGACAAAAACUUCCAAUAGUCAUUAACUUAAUCUGCUACCUCACUAACGGAACGAUAGAAGGCACAGAAACAUUAACCAGCACAAGAUUUGGGCAUGGUUCAGUCCAUACCAGUAGCUCACUGAUUUUCUUAAAUUGUACUUUCUUUUUUAAGUUUGUUCGAAAUUAAAAUAACAAAUGCCAAAAAUAAAACAAUGUGUGUACUCUGUA